AUGGCAUAUUAUUCUAUUCAGUGUCUAGCCGGUUUCUUCUGUUUGAUAAGCUUUCUUCAUGUUCUACUCUUCCAAGCCUUGGUUUGGGGAUCUCAUGUUCCAACACAAGGGUUUGUUUCCCUCCCUUUUAACCGAUCAUACUACCACAUUCAGAAGCCUUACGAUGUUCCCGAAAAUCAGCGCUACAGCUUCAUCAAUGGAGUUCAUAAAUGUUGGGUCUACUCCACGGACAAACCUCACACUACUACCAGCCAAACCCUGCCUCGUACCGAGAUUGCCAUACAAGGAUACGGUUACUCUUCUGGUGUGUGGGAAUUUGAAGCAUAUGGGUAUGUGCCUUAUGGGACAUCAGGUGUGUGCAUAAUGCAAGUUUUCGGAGCAACUGCUCCUCAUGCCACAACCCUAAUGCUUAGGGUUUACAAUGGCUCACUCACAUACUACAGGGAAACGGUUCUGGUACCCGACAUCUACGAUAAAUGGUUCAAGCUCAAUGUGAUUCACGAUGUCGAUGCUGCGAAAGUGAAGGUCUACAUCGAUGGACGCCUCAAAUUAGAGGCAGAUGGUCGCGGAGGGACGUCUCAUGCAUUCAAAUGUGGUGUAUACGCCCAGAAUAAUGACUCGUGUUAUAUGGAGUCUCGUUGGAAACACAUUAAAGUUUUAAGGAAGUGCGGGCAUUGA